GUCUGACGUCAUCACCUUGCGCCUACAGGCAGGCGGUGUUUUGCGGCUCAGCUGUUUUGGUGAAAGGUUUCAAUCAGGCAGUAAAGAAAAUGGAAACGAUUGGAAGAACGGGAGUGUUGUAGUGAAAAUGACGUUUAUAGUUUUUAAAGUUUUGAGUUUUUAAAGUUUCGCAGAGACUGCUUGUGUCCGCCGGUGAAUGCCGAACAGCACGCGGAGCUCCGUAUAAAAAUCAACACCGUGUGUUUUUGUACACGUGGCUAAAGGUCUGGUUUUUCAAUAUUGUAUUAGCUCGUUUAAACAGAAGGCGAAACGACCGGGCAGGUUUGAAGAUGUCCAAAUGGAACAAGAAGAACGACAUCCCAGACAGAUGGCAGGACUACACGGCUGUUGGAAAAAGACUCGACGGGACUCGAUUCAUCGCCUUCAAAGUGCCUCUGAAAGAGUCUUUAAUCAGGAAGCUUCCACGCUCGGAUGUGUUCGGCCCCUGGGAGCUGCUGGACUCUCUGAGGAAACAGAACCAAGAACUAGGUCUGAUCAUUGACCUGACUUUCACCACACGCUACUACGGACUGCAGGACAUUCCCGAUUCAUUGCUGUGUAUAAAGAUCCUCACAGCCGGCCAUGAUGUUCCCAGUGAUGCCACCAUCCUGAGCUUCAAACGUGCCGUGCACAGGUUUCUCAGAGACAACGAGGAUAACGACAAGCUGAUCGGAGUCCACUGCACCCACGGGCUGAACCGCACCGGCUACCUGAUCUGCAGGUAUCUGAUCGAUGUGGACGGGAUGGAUCCUGAAGAAGCGGUGCAGUUGUUCAACUCAUCCCGAGGUCACGCCAUAGAGAGACAAAACUACCUGGAAGAUCUUCAGCGUGGACCAAAGAGGAGUAACGAGGGUAUCGAGGAGUCUGAGCAGAAGCCAGAAAGAGGUCAAGCUUCCCGACGGCCGAGUUUCUCUUCAUCCGAUGUAGAGGCCAGAAAAGACAGACGGAAAUUUUAUGACCCCAGACACCACAGGUCUUUCCCUCCACGAGGACCAAACCACCAUUCUCAUCACCACCUCCUCCCCAAUCCCCCAUUACUCUCUUCACCUCCCCUCCUUCCAUUCCCCCCAACCUUUUUCCACCCAUAUCGAUGGGCCGCACCUCACCUGGACAGUCAGUGGAGGAGACCUCCCCCUUCAGAAGACAGCAGGUCCAGGAGCUACCAACCACCGAAGCUAGAUUGGUGCCCCCCCCACCAUGUGCCAGAUGAAAGGAGAACUGCUCCUCCCCCUCUCCCCCGCUACUCCCCCCGCUGGACCUCCAUGUCCAACAGCAUUGGCGCUGAGGAGGACUGGAGAAACCCCGUCAGACACCCACAGAGACACCGAACCGAUGAAAACAGCAGUUAAUGAUGAAGCUGCUGCAGCUGAUCUCAGGACAGUUUCAGUCACUUAAAACAUUUUCAUUUCGUUUUAUGCUGCAGAUCUAAUGGAUCACCCAUCUUUUAAAGUGUGAGUGUUUUAGAGAUGUUCUGAGUCCCUUCAGACAAACAGAUGAUCACAUGUAUUUUAAGGAGUUUUAGUU